UUUACCUGCACAACAAAGCAUAAAAUAUGCUGUUUGGUUGAGCUCUAUGAACUCAACUGGCGAGGAACUGCACCCAAACUGGGUUGCCUUGACCACACUACAUGUGCCACUCAAACGCUUUGUUCCCGCUGGGGCUGCCGCGCAAGAGAAGGGUAUAGUAGAGAAGUAUACAAUCAGAGGCGUUAGUGGUGAUGAAAUUCAGCAUUUCUACAAGGAAAUCAUCGAGACACCAGAAACAAAGAGAGCAACCCAAACAAACACAAAAUGUGCUCGCACAUUAGCCCGUGUCAAAGAGACACCACAAUUGCCCUUCGAUCGAAAUAGAUUCUUUCGCCUGGCAACAAGCAACAAUGUGGAGCAGUUGUCCCAAAUGUGCUUCACCGAGGAGCAACAGCUAAAUCUCUGUGAUGCCUAUGGCUGGACUGCGCUAAUGAUGGCUGCCUGUGAGGGAGCCGAGGAUGCUGUGGCCUGGCUGCUGCAGUUGGGCGCAGAUGCACACGUUGCAGAUAAAAGUGGCAAUACGGCCCUCAAACUGGCCAAGAGAAAAUGUCACGCAGGCAUUGUACAACUUCUGGAAACCAAAGGUGAACGCGUUAGAAGCGAGGAUGAGCCAACAGUCUACGCUGUCACACCGUUCUAUUGUGAAGUGUGCGAAAGGAAUUACAAAGAGUCCACUUGGCGAGCUCACCAGACCUCUACUGUACAUCAGUUUAACAUGAAAUCGCUGCCCAUCCACAAACUGCAACGGUUCAACAUUCCGUUAAGGAAUCGGGGCCUACAGCUUAUGGUGAAACAGGGCUGGGACCGGGAACACGGCCUGGGACCUACUCAGAGCGGGCGCCUCUAUCCAGUGAAGACUGUGUUGCGCAAGCAGCGCACUGGCCUGGGAAUUGAGCAAUCUCCCGCCCGAGUAACACACUUCCAAGCGUUCGACACAAAUGCCACAAAGCUGAGGCAUCGCAAUCCCCCCAUUGCUCAGCCGCGACGCACACGCAACGACAUGAAGCGGGAGAAGCUACGCGAAUGGAAACAGGAGCGUCGGUUGCGCAGUGAAUUGAGUUGAUUAUUUAUAUGCCUAUGUGUAAAUUAAAAAUGAUAAAAUAUGCUUAA